CCCAAUGAGCCUCCAAUUUCUUUUUUCUUAAUGAUAAAGUUCCAUACUUCCAUGUUGGGGUGUUGCUUGGACGAGGGACCACGUGUCCACGUUCCACCGGAACAGCGACACAAGUCUUCGAACCAUUCUCUUUUCCAAAUCUCACACCCCAUUCCUUUGUGACUAGCUGAGCAGAGCCAAGUGUAGGCGGAAUGGAUGGAUUGAAGAAGGUCGACAAAUGGGGUUAUAAAGUGAAGACUUCUUCUGAACCUUGUAUUACGGCCAUCAAUUCCUAUUACACUCAGGUGAUUGGUUAUGGAAGAAAUGUGAAUGUGAUUUUGGAUGCUCCUCGAGCUGACCCAGACUGUGUUUUGAGCAACAUUUUGGCAGCCCACUUUCUCUUCUCCUCCGACCCUUCUAAAGCCAUUCGACUUCUUGAAGAUGCCAAUUCUCGUCUCGGAACUGCUACCGUAUAUGAGAAAGCGGUUUUUGAUGCUGUCAGUUAUUUGAUUUCUCCCGGAAAAGAUGAUGAUGAAGCUAUUGAAUUGCACUUCAAGCUCCUGAAAGAUUUUCCGAGAGAUCUUGCAUCUCUGAAACGGGCACAAGUGCUUUGUUUUUACAUGGGUCGACCUGAUAUCUCAUUGAGGCUUGUUGAGCAGGUUCUUCCACAUAAUGAAGGAGAGAAUUACAUUUAUGGCAUGCUUGCUUUUCCUUUACUAGAGCUUGGUAGGAUGGCAGAUGCUGAGAAAGCUGCAAAGAGGGGAUUGGAGAUCAAUAAGGAAGAUCCAUGGGCACAACAUGCGCUCUGCCAUGUUUAUCACUAUCAAUGUCGGUUCAAGGAAGCAGUUGAAUUCAUGGAAGAAUGCUCGCAGUCGUGGAGUUCCUUGUCAUCAUUCAUGUUCACUCAUAAUUGGUGGCAUGUUGCUCUUUGUUUCUUGGAAGGUCAUUCACCCAUCACAAAAGUAGAAGAGAUUUAUGACAAGUGGAUCUGGAAAGAACUGGAAAGAAGUGAUGCUAUGCCUGCGGAGGUCUACCUUAAUGCUGUCGGACUGUUAUUGCGAGUAUAUGUAAGAGAUGAAAUAAAAGUUUUUGAGGAGCGUCUGAAGAUGUUGGCCGGUUGUUUGGCAGACCGAGGUGUUUGGUAUCUUGAGUGGCACCUUGAUGUGUUGAUAGUGUGGGCACUAACUUACACAAGAGACACUGCCAAAGCAGAAGAUCUUCUGAAGGGAUUGAGAUACAGGCAUUCUCUGAUGAGCAAGAAGAAGCAACAUGUUAUGCAAAAAGGGUUGCUGCUUGCAGAAGCCCUCUAUGAGUAUGGCAGGGGAGAAAAUGAAAAGGCUUUGGAAUUGCUCGGUCAUAAGUUUGAUGCUAGAGAUUAUAAGAUAAUUGGAGCCUCAGAUGAACAAGUUGAUGUUUUUAAUGAGAUUUGGAUCACUCUGUUGAUAAACACCGGACAAGCUACAAAAGCUAUAGAAGCAAUGGACCAGCAGGUGAAGAAGAGAGGAGCCCCGUUCUUAAGCCACCUCCUGGAGAAAUGUUAUGAGAUUGUAGGAAGACCAGAAGCUGCUAAAACCUGUACAACUUAAAGAGACUUGACAAAGCUGGGUAGCAAGAAGACCGAGAUGGAGCAGCAAAUCUGUGUUUGCAUGCUCCACAUGUGUGUGUGUUUCAUGAAUAAGAUAAGGAAAUCAUGCCCUUAUUCCCUUGUUAUUGUAAUAUCUUAAAAAACAGUGUGAAUCUUAAAAAACAGUGCAUUAAAGACCUGACUUGUACUUGAAAACAUUCUUGGUCAAGCCGGACCUUGAUGGGAUUGAGGCUAUGUUCUGUU